AUGCUGGCCGCCACGGCCAGCUGCUCGAAGCGGUUUUGGCGGCUGAUCUGGCGCACCCUUGCCGCUGAACGGGCCGGCGUGCGCCGCGCCGCACAGGACGUGCCAAAGCGCAAUGCUUCGGUCUACAUGGCCAGCCACUUCUUCCUUGACGAUUUUCCCCAGAGCUCGGAGGCCCUGAGCGACCAACCCAUGCCCCACACCCACGUCAACCCUGCGGAGGCCUUCGAGGCCCAUAACGAGGGCUACCGCGGCCCAGACGGCCAUCGCCGCCUCGGCGCACGGCAGUUCGCCGAGGGAUGGCUGGACAGGACGCUUCGCAUUCCUAGGACACCGGAGGGGCUGGCGCCGCCGCCCGACAAGGUGGCGCCGCCGCAGAUCAUCGGCAGGCCCAGCGAAGUGGAGCCGCUGCUGGAGCGCGCCGGGCAGAGAGCGGCGCUGCAAGAGGCCAGGGCCAUCCAGGACAUAGAGGCCUUCACCCAGGGCCCGAUGGCGGAGGCGGAGGCGGAGGGCUUUGCGAGCGCUGCUGAGGCCGCGGCCUCGGGCGCCGAGGCGGCCGCUGCAGCUGAGGCGGGCGGCGCAGGCGCCGGAAUUUUGGCGACCGCGGGCGAGGCAGCGCUGGGAGUCGCGGGCGCGGCGGGCGCGGCGGCGGGAGGCCUUGCGGUGGCGGGGGCAGCGGCAGCGCUGGUGGGCACGGCCUGGGCCAUCGAGGGCGGCCUCAACGCGGCAAGCCACAUCAUGGGCACCGACAGCGACCAAAGCCGGAGCAGCGGCGCCGUGGACAUCAUGACGCUGAACGGCAUGCAGGAAUCGGGCGUGCAGCAGCACUUCGCGAUGCACCAGAGCCAGCGCCAGCGCCCGGAGGUGAUCCGAAUCGACUCGGACAGCGACUCGGCGCCGAGGGCCCAGCCGGCUCCGCGGGUCCGCGCCAGGGCCGCGAGGCAGCCGCCCUCGCCCUUCGGCCUGAACCCCAUCCCCCUGCCGCGUCCGCAGGGCCAGUCCAGCGGCAGCGAGGGCUCCAGGAUCAGCCGCCAGAGCCGCAGUGACCGCGGGGCAGAGCCCUCGUUCGACCAGCUGGUGGCCCGCAUCCCGCUGACCAGCGGCAUGGAUUUCAUCGACCCCGAGAGCGUGAAAAUCGCCUUCAGGGUCAGGAACAACGACGCCACCAGCGACCUGUUCCCCGGCACCCUGGAGCCCAGCUGCUUCAUCAAGAGGAUCCAGCUCUACUCCAACGGCCAGCGCACCGAUGACAUCAGCGAGUACGGGCGAAGCUGCUUCCUGUACUCCUUGCUGAAGCCGCAAGAGUGGUACAACCAGCGGGGCCUCGAGGGCUUCUGGCAAGACCCGGGCGGCAACGCGCAGGCCAUCCCGGCCGGCGAGUACCGGGACGUGCUGAUGGCCCCCACCCUCAUCGGGCUCUUCCAGAGCGGCAAGAUGUUGCCUCCGCAGCUGAAUCUGGUCCUCGAGAUAGAGUUCGCGGAGGCCGGGGACGCGCUGCGCCCGGCCGGCGGCACCAGCGAUUUCAGCAUCGAGAGCGUGCGCGUCUUGGCCUCCCAAGUGACGCUGGAUAGCGCCCUGGUGGUCUCCAACGUGCCCGCGGGCGUCACCAGCCACAACGUGACGGCGGCCAGGGCCUACACCAAGUUGAUGGGGGCCUUUGUGACUUUCAGGCAGACCACGCACUCCCUCGGCGAGUGCCGAAACCUGGAGUAUCCAGGGCCCGGCGCGCACCCGUUCAACCUCGAGGGCCAGAUGCAGCUGGGGGCCCUGCAGUACCCGAGGAACGCGAUCACCAGCUCUGCGGAGUUCCACCACUUUUUGGAGAUCAUGGGGGGGACCUACGAUUCCAAGAUCAAGAACAUGCGCAUCGUGGACCAGUUCUACUCGAACAACGAGUUCAUCGCCGCCUUCCCCACGGAGCGCGUCCCCAAGCACCCGCUGAGCGGAAUCAGCACGCGGUCGGGCGACCUCGCCAGGUUCACCUUCAAGAACAUGCUGGCGGACCGCGUCCAGCGCAUGUACAUCCACCUGGAAACCAUGAGCUUAUUCGAGUCUACCAUCACCGGGAACAUCCUCAACGAUGGGGGCACCACCGAGAUCUCUGGAAUCACCGCCGGCCAGCUGGCCACCGUGCUGACCGCCUAUACGCCCCUAACCGACACGGCAGCCAACACCGCGGCCAUCGGAACCAACACCGCCGGGGUGGCCGCGAACGCCGCGGCCGUGGCCUCCGUGCAGGCCCAGGUGGCAGGGCUGCCCGGCCCGCCGGACGCCAAUUCCUCCAGCAUCACCGCCCUGAACACCAGUUUUUAUGACAGGGCUGGCGGGGAAGGCCAACCAAUCCGCAUUGGACGCGCUGCAGCUGGAGGUGGACGCCAAAUCCACGCCCGCCUCCGUGGACGCCAGGCUGGCGAGCUACAGCACCACCGCAGCGAUGAACUCUGCAAUCACCUCCGCCAACAAUGCCACGUUGGCCACGGUGGGCAGCAGCUACGCCCUGAGGACCGUCACCGACCAGCUGGCCCUGGACCUCGCGGGCAAGCAGACGUGGACCAACGCAUCACCACGGCGCUUUUGGACCGGCCCAGCACCACUGACUUGACCGCGGCGGUCAGCCUCAAGACCACGCCCGCGGAUGUGGACCAGAAGAUCGGACACGAGGCUCUGCUGCUGGGCACCAACACCCUGCGGAACCUCCACUUCAACGCGCCCCGAGAGCCUCCAGAACGACAAUUUCACGCUGAGCCUGGCGGCGUGGCCGAGGCAGACGCGGCCGUCGCGGCAGCCAUCGCGACCGCCCUGGCGCCCUUCGAGACGGCGGGCCAGCGCGACGCGGCGAUCGCCGCGGCCCUGGCCGCUUACAGCACCACCGCGCAGAUGGACGCCGCGAUCGCGGCCGCCGUGGCCGCCAUCAACCUCGGCCCGUAUUACACCAGCGCCCAGACCGGCGCGAACCCGCCCACCUACGAGCUUCGGAACCUGCAUUUCGCGGGCCCCCUGAGCGCCAGCCUCCAGAACAACACCGACACCCUGGAGAUCGACUGCGACAGCUACGAGAAGGCCGAGACCUACACCCAGGCCGAGGUCAACAGCUUGGUCUCCGGCGCCAUGGACGCGCUGAACAUCGGCCAGUACCAAACUUCAGCGCAGGUCUCCACGGCCAUUUCGGGGGCGCUGGUCCCUUAUUAUACGGCCGCGGAGGUGGACGCAGCCAUCGCGGGCCAGAGCGUGGACCUCAGCGAUUAUUACACCAGAACCCAAUGCGAUAGCAGGUAUUUCCCGACCAACGCCAACCCUGGCAACGCAGAAGUCUUCACUUUGCUUCGAGACACUGUGUCCAUUCCCAGACAACUGCGAGGCAUCCUACCCAGGGCGCCCUUGGCAUGGAGCCACCUGUUCAGCGGCACCAUCACCGAGCUCCGCUGCGAUGCUUACUCGAAAGCCGAAGCCGACGGGCGCUACCUGAGCUCCACAGGCUACACCGGCACCUUGGACGGGCGGUAUCUGGUCACCAACGCGACCACCGGCAACGCGGAGGUUUUUACGCAGAUAAGGGACGCUGUUGCCACGCCCCGGCAGCUGGCAUCUUGCCUCGUGCCCCACUGGGCUGGUCCUACAUUCUGA